AUGCAGGUUUGAUUUUUAUAUUUUGAUUUUUGUUUGACUUAAUUUGAAAGUCUCGAUUUUUUAGAAUUUUUUAACUUCUCAAAAAAAAAGCAAAGAACGAUGUCUUGUAAGUUGAAAAAUUUGCUUUUUGAGUUUUUUAUAUUUGACUUUGAAGGUUAGAAAAAGAAAGAAUAGAGAAGUUUUGUUUUUUAUAGCGUUACUGAAUUUUUUCAUCUAGUUUCAGCUUCAUGAGACUUUCGCAGCGUUUCGAAGUAAUCUCGUUUUGAGAUUAUUUUUUUUUUAUUCCUUCUGUAGGUCACCAGUUUCUCUUUCUGAUUUCAUAAUCUUUAAAAUCAAUGAUACUCUCCUUCCACCUACUGAGUUGUCCAUUUUCAUUUCCGCUGGUCUGAGAUUUAAUCCGACGCUCUGAAAAAUCUGGACGCCGAACUGUUCCUAAAUGUCUAAGAAGCUGAUAUUCGGAACGCUCAGAACUAUCACAAGAAGUGUGAAAAAGGGUACUUGAACAACGAGAGUUUUGCAAACCGACAAACCUUCAAUUAUUCAGCAGAGAAUCUUCUCUUAACACUAAUUGUGUAGAUGUGUGAAGAAAUAGUUUAUUUUUUAUUUUCUAUUAGUUGAAAUCCUUGAUAGGCCAUCAUUUGCGUUUUCAUAGUUUAAAUGUCCACCUCUCCUUGCAAUCAUGUGUUAUGUACUAAAAUUAUAUUCGUUGAAAAUCAUGAGACCUAUAACUUGUACUACUAUUCAAGUAAUAAUACGUUGUUCCUGUUGGGUCUCGACGGGAAGGAAGCGAUUUAUAUGAUGAUUUUUCAUGGAAUAACUCAUGGGAUAGGUAUUCCGCCCAAAAGGACUGUUCAGAUUCAAAACUUUUCCCAAAAAGUUAGACGUAGCGUGCCGCGUUGCGGUCCACCCAUUCUCCAACAAGACGUUUUGUAGAUCCAGGCCGACGUGCCGCACAACCCGUACCACGUGAAGGCGGAGGACGAGCGGCCGCUGGACGCGUCGGCCUCGCCGUCGGCGUCAUCACCGACAGACGGCCCCAAGAUCUGGAACUACAACUUUUCCGUCACCAUCACCAACAACGGACACGCGCCGCCGCCUUUGCAGCCUCCGCCUGGGCAGCUUCUUCCGCACGAAGAUCAGCCUAAUUAUGCGCAGGUAGAUCAGCACUCUAUCUUGUGAGAAGGCUUUGGCUUUUUGGCCUUUGUCAGAUCGUGCUCAAAGUUUUAGUUAUUCAGGAAGAUUUUUAUUUCAUCCAACUUGUUUCUGAAUUUAUGCAGAAGAAUUUUUUUGUUAUGAAAUAAUUGUAAUGACCAAAAUACAGAAAUUUUAUUACUUUACGUAGCUUUUCAGAAUGCUUUUUAUUGAUUUUCAGGUGAUCAAGCCGACCUGCGAAGCGUUCCAAGAAUGGCCCCAGGCCCCGGUUUAUCAACAACAACCGCUACAGUUCCUUUUCCCCCCACAACCCGAUUGGAGCGCGUACCCCCACAUCCAUCCACAAAUCCAUUCCAACGUCAUCCAACAACACGACAUGAAGGUUAAUUUGAUAAGCUUUAUUAAUAUUUACAUGAGAAAUAAUUUCUUAGUUUUCUGUGAAAUCUUGAGAAAUUUCAAGUCUCAAUAUAAAUUUUUGGGUAAAAACACUAGUAAAGGCAAUUGUUAAAAAAUGAAGUUGAAGUUUAUAAUUUUAUACCAUGAAGGUUUUUUGACUUUUCUGACUAAAUGUGAAGCUUUUUCGACCUUUUUUGACGAAUAGUGAAAAAAUUUGCGAUAGCCACGGUUUCCAAGGCCGCAAAGUUGCGUAAGAAGUUAUCGCGUGUCUGCAGACUGCUUGCGAAUAAUUCGAAUUUUCCUUUUCAAACUUUUUUUCUUCUCUUCCGUUUUUUAUUGUUUCAAAAGUAACCUCCCCUCAUUUUUUGCGUUUUUGUUUCUCAUUCUUCUGUGUUUUCUUUCGAUUUUAUCCAUGUUGAAGUCGAAAAGCAUCAGGUAAGUUCAUAAGAAUCGUAAAACACAAAAAUUUUCUAGUGUUUCAAUAUUAAUAUUGUGCGUCACUCGAUUUCGGCUAUCGAUUUUUUCCGCCGUUUCCCAGUGUUUUUCAUGCAAAUUAGGCGUUUUCCACCAUCUCCAUUGGUGUCAUUUGGCAAACAAAUUUAGCGAGCCCUUAUUUGUUCAAUGAAGUCUCGAAGUUUUCAUUUUCACGCUGUUAAAUGUGGGAACUUAGCAUUGAUUUUAAUCAAUAGAACAAAUAGUUGGACUACAGUUGAGAGAAAAAAAAAAGAGAAAAACAAGUUUAUCGUUGUUAAAUGAAAUUUGAAGUGAAACUGAAAAAUGAAUCGAAUCAAACACCUCGAUAAUGAACUUUUCAAUCCUCUGGUUACUGUAUUGUUUCUCCUACCUUCUAUCUCUUUCAGUCCUUUCUGGAUUUUCGCUCGGCAACCGUCUGCGCCCUCUUAUUACUACCCAUGUCUGGCCAUUUUUCCUCUUAAUUCAUGGCCGAGAACUAUUAUCUGCUACACUGUGCCGUUAGUUUUUCAAUCGGAGAAAAAAAAUAAUUAAGAAAAAUCUCUUCACUUAUUAGGUCGCGUUAUAUAAAAAUCAGAAAGACUAAUUUUUUUUUGUUCUUUUUUGUACUUUUUAGAGUCGACAUUUUUUAUUUGAAAAUUUUCUCUUUUUGAGUUAUUUUUUUCAAAAACUUUCUACUUUUCAUCAAAGCGUUUUUAAAACUACUAUAAUUUGUUUUUUUAAAUCUGUGCAGUUUAAGAAAAAAAUGAUUAAUUGAAAAAAAUAUUUUUCUUUUCGAAAGCUUUAGUUUUUUUUACUUCUACUUUCUUCAAAAACACAUUGUCAAGUUUUUUUAUGAAGGAUAUAAAAUUAUCCAAAUCCAUAUAGACCUUUCUAACAAAACGCCGCCGUCAUCCUCCAGGAGACCCGUCAUUCGCCUUUUCAUCGCCUUCGAUUCUUCCCACAAUUGAUUACGACUUACCGCUCUCCUUCGCCUUCUUCUUUUCUCAUCCAUUUUCGACGUUUUUCUGGAUGUUUGAAUGAGGGAAGCAGUAAGGAUUGUGUCUGGAUUUAUUGGUGGGAGGAAUCACAAAAUAAAUUGUACAACUUAGUGAAUUUUUUUAGCUUUUUGAAAAGUACGAGUUCUUAAGAUUCAAACCCUAGUGUUUUUUUUUUGGAAAAGCUUCAAAAAAUGGUUUUUUUUUCAAGGUUAGUUUAGAUUACUUCUGAACACCUCAGUAAGAUGCUAAUAUUGGACAAUGACCCAGGAAAACUUAGAUCAACAAAAAAUUAUCAUUCCAGUUGAUCUUUUCAUGCCCUCAAAUGCAUUCUUUUCCAACCUCAUAAUUACUCUCUCUCUGCUUCAAAAAAGCCAGCGUAAAAUUCUUGACCGGGCAGACCCUACACUGAAAAAAAUUGUACCGUCCCGUAAUUUUCAAAGAUAUUCAGAUGACAUUGAGCUUCGAUCUCAACUUUUGAAUAAACUGAUUAAAUAUUUGGAAUCAGCGUGAAAUUCUGAAUUGGAAAGACCCUUAACUUUGAACGUGUCGAUCAAAUUGAAGAAAAUUGUGCCGUGACGCCAUUUUCAGAGGUCUUCAGAUGACUCUUAACUGGAUUCUAAAGAUUUAAAAUAGUCAAAGACACUAAGCCAGGUCAUUGAGCUUGGAUCUAAAAUUGUCAGCUUUAAUCUCCACUUCUGAACAAACUGAUCGAAUAUUUGGAAUCAGCGUAAAAUUCUGAAUCGGAUAGACCCUCAACUUUGAACGUAUCGACCAUUUAUGUGUCGUAACGUCGUUUUCAGAGGUCUUCAGAGUUAGGUGUAUUUUAAAAAUUUCAUUUUUUCAAAGACACUGACUAGGUCACACCUCUUUCAGCUGCAAAUCGAGACAGAACGACCUGAAGUCAUACAAAGGUUGUCGCACCCGUGGCCGUAUUCGUUUCCGUCAGAAGAGAACACGGCGCCGACGACGCAGGGCUCCGACGACGGCGACCAUGCUUGUGCCGACGACCUCGAGGGGUUCGCCAAGCAGUUCAAGCAACGGAGGAUUAAACUGGGGUUCAUUUUAUCUUCUUUUUUCUUGUAUUUCACUUUUUUUUUAUUCGUUUUUUCUUUCCCCUCAAGCUACCGGUGAACGAACUAACCAGAAUAAUAUCUUUGCGAAAAUAGGCUUUUUGAUGAUUUUCGACACUUUCAUUGACCGAUACCUUCUUCUAGACGAUGUGAAUUCUGUCAUUUUUCACCUGAAAAUAUAAUUUUUUAGACCAUGUAAAAAUGUAAAGUUUCAUCUUACAGCUACACGCAGGCGGACGUCGGUUUAGCUCUCGGCACCUUAUAUGGGAACGUCUUCAGUCAAACGACCAUCUGUCGGUUCGAAGCUCUUCAGCUGUCACUCAAGGUACUGAAAAUUCAGUGCUUUCAAAAUUAAAUAUUUCUCAGCCAACAUAGGCAAAGUCGGAAGGACUCUCUGAGGGUCCAUAAAGACUCCAUAGAAUUGUUCCUUUUUGGGUGAUGAAGGCUUCCUUUUUGCUGCCUUUUUGCGCCAUUUUCUCAGCCCAUACGCAUCCUUUUUGCUGCCUCUCCCUUUUUCCACCAUUUCUCGAACCUUAAAAAUCCCAGAAAAAUGGAAGGCUCGAUAAAGGGAGUCGUUUUGCUGCCUUUUUACUGCCUUUCGGAGGCCUUUUUUGAGCCUCUCCCUUUUAGCGGCCAUUAUCCACCAUUCCGACUUUGCCAUUUGCCCGAGAAAAUUUAUAAAUACUGAUGUAGAGUUUUUUUUCUCAGAUCUCGCACCGGUCGUACUUUAAAGAUUCUUCUUUCUUUGAGUUUUAUAUUUGGCUUGCGCGAUAAGUUUUGGAAUUUUCCAAGGAUCAAUAUUUCAAUUUCGAUCUCAAAAAAAAGGGAAAAGCAUUAUUAUGUAUAGCAAAUUCAUAUGAAACAGAUUUAAAUGUAAAAGACCUGCCAUUCAACUCGACAAUUCGUCUUCAUUUGAUUAAGUUUAGUUUGAAACAUUCGUUAUUUUCAUAGUUGCUCGCAAGCUCUACGAAUUUUUAUCCUUUACCGUCUGAAACAGCAUUUAAACCUGUGUGGCCAGAAAAACCCGAAAGAAUUACGCAUAAAAGGGUUGCCGGCAUCGUGUUCUGUGUGUCUUUCUCACGUUGGCGGCUGCCCCUAGAAGGAUUUUCAUUUUUUUUUUCUUUCACCGUAUUUGCUUAGGUUUACUCUUUCUGAUGUUGCAAUGAGCCGAUUGCCGCGAAAACUGUUUUUCAAGUAAAAGAAAAUUUUUGACUUGAAUACUCUCUAUUCGAAAAACAAAUUAAGCGGUCAAUUAAUACAAAAUUAUCCCAUUUUUUCAUUACAAUUUCUAUUUGACGGAAUUUUCGAAAUAAAAUUAAAGAUCCAUUGGUUUUCAUGCAUUUCUUCUGAAUUUCAGAACAUGUGCAAGUUGAAGCCUCUGCUGUACAGGUGGCUGGAAGAAGCCGAUUCAACGUCAGCCUCUCCAAACUCGGCUUUUGAAAAAAUGGCUGGUCAAGGAGGCCGGAAACGCAAGAAAAGGACUAGUAUAGAGGUUAUUGAACUUUUAAACUCAUAUAGAUCCUUGGAUGAGCUAGAAUUCAAAAAAGAAGUUGGGUUUGAGGCGUAAAUUUGCCAGUGAUUCUCUAAGGUUCAGGAUAAAAUCAUCUUUCCUCAAUAAUCACGCUUUGAUUAGCUAUUUUAUGUCACUCGACUAUUCUCCCGCCUAUCUUUCUUGAAUGCUAGAUAAUAUGAUGAAAUCGUAUUUAUUCUGACCAGAGUUUUCACCAAAAGAAGUUGAUUUGGUCACUUCAAAAGCUUCAAAUGAUUAUUCUUCAGGUCAACGUCAAAUCACGACUCGAGUAUCAUUUCCAAAAAAAUCAAAAGCCGAACGCUCAAGAAAUCGGUCAGGUUGCCAUGGAAUUGCAGUUGGAAAAAGAGGUUUGUGGCUUUAAAAACUGUUCUGGAUCGUCAGAAUCGAGAAAACCGACACUUUUGAGCCAUUCCGCAUUUUGAAAAAACUCGGACAAUAUUUUAAAUUUCACGGAGUUCUAUAAACUUUAUACGUUUUUAAUGAGAUUAGAAACGCCAGAAUGGUCCCUUCAGGGGUUAGGGCUAAAAAAAACCCCCGAUAUGGGGCGACAUAGUGCCUCCUAGAGGGAUAAAAUUUAGUUGCUCCCUAAAGUGGUUUUUUUAUGAAAAAAUGCGUACAGGGAUCAUGAGCAUGCUCCCCUAGAGUGCCCACUUUUGCAACUUUUAGUGCCCCUAUAGGGGUAGGAAGGGAUAGCCUCUGGAUGGUACUUUCAAACUCUAUAGUCUGUGCAGAUUUUAAAUGUCAAGUCCUCGCUCAAGCUCCGCCCCCUAACAGCGCUAUAAACCAAUCAGAGAGCGAGCCAUCCACAGAGCCUUUUCGAAUGACGUCAUUCUACUUGACAUUCAAAAUCUGAACGGACUAUAAGUUUUACCCUAGAGAGAUCACUCUGGUAUUCCUGAGAUCAAAGAAAGCUUCAAUCUUGUGAUACCUAACGAAAACCGGACCUGAUCUGAGUAUUUCUAGGAUCACUAGAGAGUGCUGACGCUACUAAAGUGGUAACUAGAAACGCCCCGACACGUCCAUUUCGCGUUAUAGCUAUUUCACGUCUAGUUUGAGACACAAAGAGGGCGUGGCCUGUCUGCGCUCUCCACGAGCCAGGCACUAUCUCGUGCGUUAUCGCGUCAGGACUCUUUUUUCGGUGUCUCAAGCCAGCCGUGAAUAAGCUAUACCAAUGUCCAAGACUGUGUUUAAAUGAUGACUUCUUUAGGUUGUCCGAGUUUGGUUCUGCAAUCGGCGACAAAAGGAGAAGCGAAUGACGCCGCAGUUCGAGCAGCAAAUGUUGCUCUCGAACCCGUAUCCUCCAGAACUUUUCCAGUACCCCGCUGGACUCGUCAGUCAUUUCCAACAGCAACAGCAACAACAACCGACCUAA